AGGUUCCAUAGCACCUGAACCACCAGCAGCACCACCACCCAGGGUGUUUGUCCUGAGAGCUGGGAGCAGACAGGGAGAGACGGUAGUAAAGCCAAGGCUGACGGAGAAGAAGCAACCACCGAAGCCAACAGGGACAAAAGGAUAGCAGGGGAGGACGGAGAACACGGGCACACCGAGCAGGAGGAGAAACCACACAGCCAGCAGGAGUUAUUAGCAGGAGGAGUGUUGACAUUUAACCGAAGAUGAGUGCGUACACAGUGACUCUGAAUGGCCCCGCUCCAUGGGGCUUCAGACUACAGGGAGGAAAGGACUUCAACAUGCCGCUCACCAUCUCCAGGAUAACUCCGGGCAGCAAGGCAGUGGGCGGCAGCCUGGCCCAGGGUGACAUCAUCUCAGCCAUAGAUGGGGUCAGCACUGAGGGGAUGACGCACAUGGAGGCCCAAAACAAGAUCAAGUCUGCCACCACCAAACUGUCACUCACUAUGCAGAAAUCAAGACGUGCUGCAGCAUUUUCCACUCCAAGAAUGGACUCACCUAUGCCAGUCAUCCCUCACCAGAAGGUUAUCGCAAACACAGCUGCAAAUGUUGAGUACACUCCCAGCUUCAACCCCACUGCUCUGAAAGACUCGGCCCUGUCCACCCACAAGCCGAUUGAGGUGAGGGGUCCGGGGGGGAAGGCCACCAUUGUUCACGCCCAGUACAACACACCAAUCAGCAUGUACUCACAGGACGCCAUCAUGGACGCUAUCGCAGGGCAGUCGCAGGCCAAGGGACAUGACAGUGAGGAGGCGGGCUCCCCCUUGUCUGGAGCUCUGCCUGUCAAGGACUCCGUGGUAGACUGUGCGUCUCCGGUUUACCAGGCAGUGAUCAGGCCUGGAGAAACGAAUCAGGAUAUGUCUGAAUGGGCUCGUCGUGCUGCAAACCUGCAGUCCAAGAGCUUCAGGAUGCUGGCCCACAUCACUGGCACUGAAUACCUGCAAGACCCAGAUGAGGAAGCCCUGUUGAAGUCGAGAGAGAAGUUUGAGUCGGAGGUGAAGGGGCCCCGCUUUGCCAAGCUGAAGAACUGGCACCACGGACUGUCUGCACAGAUCCUCAACGUCCAGGAAUAAAGAGGGGAAAGAGAGAUGAGGAGGACAUGUUAAGGAAGAUAUGGACAAAAGCGCAGGAGUUAACAGGAAGAAAGGAUAAAUUAUAUAGGGAUAAAAAAGGAACAGGAGGAGGAGGUAACUCCUCAGGAAUGUGAGAUAGUGUUGUAGCCUAGAUUAGUAUGUGAGAUACUAACUGUUAGUGUGAGAAUGCUAUGUGUUCAUAAGCUCAUUAUUACCUGUCAAAUGUAUCUGUCCGCUGCUAAGACCUGAUCUCACAUUUGGGUUUUUCUUUCUUUGUUUCCUGUUUGUUUGGGUUCUGUCUCUCUUAAGUGAAAGAGAAAUUGUACAAAAAAAUAAGUAUUCAAAUGAAAAUGCAGCGCUGAUGAUGUUUUUUGCUUUUAUCACAUUUAGCACAUUCACAAACAUAGGAAUUUUAAGACUAAGCAUGCUUGUUAGAAGGUACACAAGGACAAAUGCACACAGAGAUUUACCUACAUGCACAAAAACAGUAUGUAAAAAAAUGCACUCAAAAAUGUACUUAUAUCAAUGUGAAUAAAUGUUUUCUUAAAACCAUACGGCUGAGUGAACUGUUAUAAACUCAAACAAAUUGAAUAAACGUUUCACUCUCUAUUUUGGGACUCAAAAACUGAA